AUUAGUUCAACCAUAUCCAAGUAUCCAUGUAUAAUACUCCACGUACAUGAUAUUAAUUCAAAAACAAAAAAGAAAAGAAAAGGAUGAAUGCAACUAUAACCAACAGAAAACAGACUCAAGUGGCUUACCCAUCAUUAGCUCUUGAAAGUCAGAAUCUCUCCAACUAAACUACAAACACGGCAGAAUCUUCUUUAACUCUUCUUCCUUCCAUCUCUGGUCUUCUAUCUUCUCCUCCUUCUUGAAUCGACCUUUCCUAGCUGAGCCAAAUUAACCUUCGAUACUUCCUAUAUAUGCAGGCUUCAUUAAAAAUUCACUAAUUACUAUAUUUACAAAAGUUCCUUAAUAAAAAGCCUUUGAGCUUUUCCAUGAUCGGCUCACAUCCCAACAUAACUACCACCAUGUUUCCAUUUUUCUGUUACCACUCUUCGUUCUCCUUCAUAUUAUUCUUUUGCUUACUCUUUCUUUCCCGCCCAUGCUUUCCCGCCAGAAUCCUACCCGACCCUGCGGUAACAGUCAUAACUGCGACGGCCAAUGUGUCCCACAACGCCACGUGGCACGACUUCACGAAGUUCCUGGACGCCGGGAAGGGCAGCCAGGUGGUCGGCAUGUCGGAGCUCAAGAAGUACUUCAGCCGUUUCGGCUACUUACCGGUGCCCGAAAAGACCAACUUCACCGACGUCUUCGACAAGCAGCUCGAAUCGGCCCUGACUCUAUACCAAUCCAGGCUGAGCUUGCCCGUCACGGGAAAGCUUGACCCGGAAACCAUCUCGGCCAUCACUUCACCGAGAUGCGGGGUCAGCGACGCGCCGCAGCAGCAACAUACGCCCGCGAAGCUGCAUGCGACGCGUCGUUAUGCUUACUUCAACGGGAAGCCUCGCUGGGCUCCGGCGAAGUUGCUCACGUAUGCCAUCAACCCCAAACACGUUAUCAGCUACGUGAGCUCGUCGGACAUAGAGACAAUAUUCCACCGCGCUUUUUCGCGGUGGUCGGCUGUGAUUCCGGUGAACUUCACCAAAGCCAGGGACUACUCCUCCGCGGACAUCAAAAUCGGAUUUUACAAAGGUGAUCACGGCGACGGUGAGCCGUUCGAUGGUGUCCUGGGUGUUCUAGCUCACGCCUUCUCUCCCGAGAACGGGAGGUUCCACCUCGACGCAGAGGAAUCAUGGGCCGUCGAUUUCGAAUCCGACAAGUCGAAGGUGGCCGUGGAUUUGGACUCCGUGGCGACCCAUGAGAUUGGGCAUCUUCUUGGGUUGGCUCACUCCUCGGUCAAGGAUGCUGUCAUGUACCCGAGUCUGAGUCCUAGGACUAAGAAAGUGGACCUCCAAAUGGAUGACGUGGCAGGCGUUCAGGCACUCUAUGGGUCAAAUCCUAAUUUCAAAUUUAGCUCAUUGCAGUCGGAAAAUUCUUACAACCACGCAGUUACUAAUUUGGACACCACAUUUGCGUCAAAGUGGACAAUUUCUCUAUCACUCAUCACUUUGAUUUUUCUCUUUUUCUAAUUGGUUCAAAUUCUUAUACUUGUAAUUUUUUCAUUUUUUCCCUUCAUUUUUUAUUGGAGUUGUAGACACAAAAUACUCAAGGA